CUCGGAUUCUAUCUUGAUCCUCAAGACCUCAGCUGUUGCAUUUUCAUCAUCUUACCACACCAGCCAUGUCCGACGGCCACAAGAUUGACCACGAAAUGAGGGAGCACAAUGGCCACAACAUCGUUGGCAGUGAUACGGGGCUUAGUCGUCAGGUUACUGUACAACUCAGCUCCGAGCAGUAUGAACGCUUGUUCUUCCAGCCAUCAGCGCCUCGACACGGUGACUUUGCAAAGCGAUUUGCCAACCCCACACUGCUCGGUCUGAUGGGCUUCUUGAUCCCCUACACAUCAACCAUAUUCAUCCUCUGCGGCUUCCAAGGUGCUGUUGCUCCCCAAAGUCUGGUCGGCUUGAGUGGAGACUACUACUUCUUUGGAUGCAUCGCCAUGAACCUCGCCGGUGUCGCAGAAUUUGUUCUGGGUAACACUUUCCCAAUGGCGGUCUUCCUCAUCUAUGGCAGCCACUGGGGCAGUCUGGCGUACACCCAGGACCCUAUUCACCAGACCACAGCUCCAUUCGCAGAGCUCGGUGGCGCCACCGGUGCGGCCUACAACUCAUCACAAGGCUUCCACAACGUCACAAUGGCAAUUGCAAGCUUCGUGUUCUUCAUGGGUACAUUCCGCGUCAACGUUUUCUUCACUCUGAUCUUCUUCGGCCUCAUCAUGCUGUUCUCCUUUAUCGCCGCAGCCGACUUCCGAAUUCCACAUGCCACUACCGCGGCGGACGUGGAGUACAUCAACAAGCUGCUGCACAUCGGAGGCGGUUUCGGAUUUGUCGGUCUCGUCUGCGGUUGGUAUCUUGCUAUUAUAACCGCCUGCGAGGCUGUUGGUAUCCCAUGUCCACUACCUGUUCUGGACUUGAGCAGCAAAGUGUUUCCCAAAAAAGAUGCUAUCGUCAACGGCGAAUAGACUCUGGAUGAAUGGAGAAACGACUCGUUUGAACCGACAGGGCCAAAUGCAUUAACAUGCUGUAGACAAUCGGCGGGCUCUCGGGAAUGGAAAGUCCUGUAUGAUCGUAAGACAGCAACUAGGCAACGGGGAUAGCUGAUACCGUGACUGAAGGUGUUGGGACUUGCGCUUGGGCGAUUCUCUGAGCAUCUGGCGUCCAUCCUUUUGUCAAUGUACUCAGUUGACGCCUGACCUCGCCAUUCAAGGUCAAUACAAGAAUGUACCUCAAAGUUCAGAAAGUCGACCCACACCCUUGCCCGGGCACAGUUGGCCGCGCUACUACCCAC